AUGUCAUUUGAACCGCACGGUGCAGACGCACGUGCCAAUGGGCACCAGAAUCUAGAUCUUACCCUCCCAGAAGGACAAGAUGGAGACUCAGCGCCAGUAUCCAGCCGGUCUUCAAUGUCCUACACAAGGACAUACUCGACACCAGUGACCGGGGCGCAAACCCCCGAUCCACUGAUGGGCAACACCAAGGUCGUGGAUAGAAUCGCCCUCCAAAACCUCUCUAUCAAUGACAUGGACCGUGAAAUCAACGAGAGCUACGCUCUCGAUACAACAAGCAAAAUGAAGAACAGAAAGCACGCAGACUCGGUAUCUCGUUCUCAUCAGGACGGCUCCGACGAAGAAUCAGGAUCCCCGAUCCGCAGCAAGCAAGGCAUCCCGCCCGAGCUCUCAAGCUUCACAGCCGAGCUCAUCUUAAUCUUCGUCUGCUCAGCAGGCCUAAUGCUCUUCUCUUUUCUGCUAGGCGACAUGCUGGCCCCGCAAGAACAAAUCAAAACAGCCCUCGGUAUCACCAACACCCAGCUCCCCUGGGUCGUCGGCGCCUUCAACACAGCCAACGGCCUAUCGGUAAUCAUCUCCGGCUCUCUAACAGACCUAAUGCCACCAAAGCUCCUCAUGGUCGGAGCCUUCGCCUGGCUCGCCGUAUGGAACGUAAUCGGCGCAUUCACCCUCCAGCCAUCCCGCUACGUCCUAUUCUUCGUCAUGCGCGCCAUGCAGGGUCUCGCCAUCGGCGUCCUCGUCUCAGGAAGCAUGAGCAUCCUCGGCCGCGUCUAUACACCGGGUAUUCGCAAGAACCGCGUGUUCUCAGCAAUGGCCGCUACCGCCCCGUUCGGGUUUUCCCUCGGCGCAAUCCAAGGUGGAGCCUUGUACCAACACCUCCCGUGGAUCUUCGGCUCAAACGCCAUUAUCUGCGUGCUGUUGUGUGCGGCUGCUUGGUUCGCCAUUCCACCCCUCCGCCCCAUCGCAGAUGUCUCCGGUAAAGAAGCCCCGUCGAUCAAGCAAUUCGACUACAUUGGCGGCAUCUGCGCGGCCGGCGGUUGCGUGUGUCUCCUGUUCGGGCUGACGCAGGGCCCCGUCGCGUCUUGGUCCCCUUACACGUACGUCUUGAUCAUCGUUAGCUUCGUGCUUUUCGUCGGGCUCUUCUUCGCGGAGCGAAACGCUGUCCGCCCUCUCAUCCCUAACCGCCUCUGGCGCACACCGGGCUUCACUCCGUUGAUGAUCGCGUACUUCCUUGGCUUCGGGUCCUUCUUCGGCUGCUGGCAGUUCUAUGCUAUUCAGUUCUGGCUGCGUAUCCAACACGCCAGCCCCAUUGCUGUUGCGCUGUAUCAUAUUCCCAACGCGCUGGUCGGUGUCCUGGCGACAUUGAUCGUCGCCCGCACUCUGCACCUCGUUCCCGGUCACUAUAUCUACGCGGUAUCCAUGCUAGCCUUCACGCUUGGACCAGCGUUUUUUCUGCCGCAGACUGCCAACACCAGUUACUGGGCGCUUUCGUUCCCGGGUAUUUCGCUGGUAACAUUCGGGCCUGAUCUUGCUUUUGCGGCGGCUUCGAUCUUCAUUACUAGUAAUGUUGAACGGUCGUAUCAGGGGAGUGCAGGCGCUUUGUUGGUUACGAACCAGAAUCUUUCGUCGGCGAUUAUGACUAGUGUUGCUGAUGCUAUUGGGACCCGUGUGGAUACAGGCCCGUCUGGGGAAAUUGGUCUUGAUGGGCUGCAUGCUAUUUGGUGGUUUGCCCUUGCGUCACAGUUGCUCGCUGCGUUGGUCACGAUUGUUUGGGUCAGAAUUCCCAAGGAGGAGGAGAAGGAGCACGUUACUUGA